UGAGUGCGUCACAAGAUCGACGCGAGUGUGGGAGUGCUGACGUCAUCGGGGAAAAACAGGACCAUGAUCUAUUGGCACAGCAGCGAGGCCUCUUCCGACGUCAAAAGUAGGUCAUCCUAUAAAUACACAACAGGAUAGCCACUUCGGGGACACGAACUUCCGGUGCCUUCCUGCUCUGUCUUCGUCGGCCUUGAAUUUAACUCAGUUCCCACUGUGGACUCUCCCCCCUCCCCUGUCUCCCCCAAACCGGUCAAAAAACCACCACCACCACCAAAAAGGGCACGAGAGAGCGUGGAAAUCGACCGCUUCAUCCCCUCAGUGGAGCCCUCUUCAGCCCCCCCCCCCUCCCGCUAUCCCCCCUGGAUAUCAAAAUACGCUCUAGGAUAGACAAACGGGCGUUCAGCCGGCUGCAGGGCGUGCGACCAUCUCGUUCGAAAAAGAAAUCUCUCUCUUGGUCUGUUUCAGCACGCCUGGAGGAUAGGGUGACCGCUGCAAUGAGAAGAAAAGAAACAGGGCCACAGAAGAUGAGGAGGAAAAGAGAAGCGUUACAGAGCGCGCCUUGUUAUAAGGCCAUGCGUGCUUUGGAGCCAGAGCUCCCGCGUUAGUGUGAGCGUGAUGUGUGCGGACGUGUGUGUACGUGUGUGUACUCUGAUCGAACCUCGGUUCCAGUGUGUUGACGAAGCGUGGAGGGAUAACCCCGAGCUGUUAGUAGCUUACCCUCAGUAAUAGAAGACAAAGACUGAACCUCUGAAACAUCCAUAUUCCGCAGACACGCCAGUAAUAGAGUUACUCAUUCCAGGACGUGCUCACCAUCGGCUCGUGUCUCAAGCACGAGAUUCCAUGCCCCUGGAGACUCAUGAUGCACACGUUCCUCUUGUGGCAUUCAUUAAGAAGUUACGAACAGGAACUGUAAAUGGGUUACCUUAAGGGAUAGGGAAACAAUAAAACACAGAGACUCUUUUCAUUUCCGUGAGAGACUGUCUUAAGAGAUAUAUUAUUGAAGAGGUAUUACAAACUUGUCCCUGUUUUUAACGUGGGUAAUUUUGGAGAAAGUCCUCACAACCAUUUGAAAAAAUAGUCACUUUCCACAGUGUACAAAGUAGUUCAAGCCCACGCUACAUUGUUUCCUUCAUAAAAAGCACCUGGGAAUUAGAAAAGAAUAGCGCAGUUUUGUCAAAACUGGGCAUAUCGAGAUCUGAUAGCCAACCACAGUGUUACGAAUUUGACGAGCAUAUGAACUUUGAAUGUUAAAAUCCAAUUGGCCUCCUGUUUGUUCCUGUCUCUUUCAGAAUGUUUUCUUUCAGGCCGAGUUAGGUCAUCAAAUCCUUUCAAUAUAACAUUCCCUGUAUUUGAUUGACCACUUAGCGUCAACAAUAAGUAAAGCUAUCUAUCUUUGAUAAGUAUACAAGCAGUUGUAUCAAGGGAGUUAACACAUCAUGGCUGUGGUAUCACUAUUGAACCAAGCUCCGUACAGGAGAACCUACAGCAGUCGUGAGCGACUCAACGCUGCCGAAGCUUUAGACGGCAGUGACCUCUGGCUUCAUCAGAGUGACCAUCAGAGACCAGGGUCCAGCAAGGCCCGUAAUCGGCGUCGUUGCGUCACUCGUGAGGGCGAGUUGCUGCCCUUGAGACACACAUGCCAGCUCAGUACAUGCGAGCGCAUUACAAUCAACGUGAGUGGCAAAUACUUCGAGACUUGGCGAAAAACUUUGGAAGAUCAUCCGGAUACUUUGUUAGGAGAUCCGGAUAAAAGGAGCAAGUAUUACGACAAGCACAAAGACGAGUACUUCUUCGACAGACAUCGACCCACCUUCGACGCUAUAUUCGAAUACUACCUCUACGGAGGUGGGUUAAAGAGACCUCGGCCUGUGCCCGACGAUAUCUUCCUGUCGGAACUUGAUUUUUUCGAGAUUGAACGCUGUGUUGUUGAGGAUUACCGCCGAGGUGAGGGAUAUAUCAGUGAGAAUAUCGUGUUACCCGAACGAGGCUUUAAACGAAGAGUUUGGAUGAUGAUGGAGUAUCCAGAAACCUCACUUUGUGCUUACAUCAUCGCCAUCAUUUCUGUGCUGAUUACUGUGGCGUCAAUAGCGCUCUUCUGUGUGGAGACGCUAGAGGGGUUAGAUUCAAAGCACUGCGUCCAGGGCAAAUCGCCCAACUGGGUAGAUCCUUUCUUCCUGGUGGAGACCAUCUGCUCCGCCUGGUUCACCUUUGAGCUCAUCAUCCGUUUCCUCUCCUGUCCCAGCAAAGUGACCUUCUUCAAAGACUUUAAGAAUUUAGUGGACGUGACGGCUGUAGUGCCGUACUACGUGACCUUAUUCAACGUCUUGUCCACCAUGACUUGUGAAAGCGCCAAAUCCUCCGCCUCCCUCGCCUUCCUUCGUGUGUUCCGUCUGGUGCGGAUAUUCAAACUGACCAAACACUCGGCCGGCCUCCAGGUGUUGGUACUGACCUUCAAGGCCAGCGUGGAGGGUUUGUGUUUGUUCCUCGUUGCCCUCACCGUCUGCAUCCUCGUCUUCUCCAGCGCCGUCUACUUCGCCGAGAUAGGCAUAGAGGGUUCAAUGAUCCACAGUAUACCGGACGGCUUCUGGUGGGCAAUCAUUACCAUGACAACGGUAGGUUAUGGAGAAGUGGUGCCCGUCGGGCCACUGGGGAAGCUCAUAGGUAUGAUGUGCGCUAUAGCUGGGGUCUUGACCCUAGCCAUCCCUGUGCCCAUCAUCACAGAAAAUUUCAACAAAUUUUACUCGCACAAGACUGGAAGAGGAAGAAUCUGAGAAAUGUGAGCUGUCUUUGAUUUCGUCUUCGAGCUUUGCGUAUUGUGUGAAAGAGAGUCUAAAUCCAUCAAGUAUACGGCUGAGUGCAUUUUCAAAGGAGUAGCUGUUGUCAGAAUGACCAGGUGGCUGGAGCAGAAUUCAUAACGAAGAGAAUGAUAGAGUUUGUUUCAUUUUUCCUAUGCGCUGAGUUUCCUGCCUACUUAGGUUAAAGGAGCAGCUUCAUCACGGCUGGGUACGGCGACUUGCCAAAGUGCUUUACGGAUUUAGGCAAUGUUUCACGGUGUUUCUGUUCUACUCGACUUCGUGAAGUUGGACUCGUAAAGGCUUUCUUUUUUUGAUGGAAUCUAUGCUGAGACUGCAUCUCUGGUUUCUAUUUUCUUUAGGCUAAACACGGAUGUUCCGUGCAAUUUGAGGGGAAAGAUUGUGAUCUCAAGUAAGUUGUGAUUUUAAUCCUGUUUUGUAAAAACGACAAUUGUAUUACGUACUCGUAAUAUUACCAAGAGUAUAGAUUGUUGAGUAUGUAAUUGUCAUUAAGGUAAAAAUAGGCAAGGAAAACUUAAUUGACUGUGAACAGUUUCAACUAAAAUCAUGUCUAUACAUUUGAUAAGCAAAACAGAAGGAACCGCUCCUUUAAUUCUUCUCGGCUUCUCUUGUUCUUUACACGGUCACAAUUUCUUUCACACCCUUUCAAAUCCUUCCCCACAAGAGUGAUGUUUCCGCUCGCGAAAUGGGUUGUUCUAUGUCUCUUAGGAUGUGAAAUUAUACUCUCAAACUUUGCUCUUUAUUACUCACAUUAUUUAUUUUUUUUAAUGUUUUGUCUUUGAGGUACGCUUUUUUAAAAUCUCAUCUUUUUCUUUUUAAUGUAUGAAACCUCCACAAUACCAGCGGAUUAUUCGAGGACUCAGACAUUUCUCACACAACGAAGUCUUCAGCCAGUCAGAAAGGAUCAAGUCACGAUGUUGUGUUUAAAGACAAUUCCACGGGAAAAGCUUUGGGGAGAGUUACCAAGGAAAACACCAAGGGGAAAACCCAAAUCGAAGCACGCAGCAAGCUUUCAUAGCUAUUGGAAUCGGCUGAGUACAUGUCUUUGAAUUUUUAUCUCUCCGGAAGAAAAGCUCAUCGAUACUCGGAAGGUCACGUAGCGAUAGUGGAGAAAA